UGUCAAUACCAAUUCCAAUGGGGGAAAUGAAGGAGAAGAAGAAUAAAAAGCCACGAGGGGCAUGACGCUUUUGACCUGUCAAGCUGGCCCAAUCCCCAUUUCAUUUCUUACCAUUCCAAAUAGUCUGCCCUCAAGACUCUCAACACAGAGUGGACAACAAAAAAGGCUAAACACAGACUCCUGUUUUCUCUUUUCUGUUGGCUGGCUGCUUUAGAGCUCUCUGUUUCUUUAGGGUAUUUUGAAAGCUCAACUGGAAUCAAGAUCCUCUCUUUUCACUUAUUUUGAUUGAUGGGUUCUUCGGAUCGUUUAUUCUGUAGGCAGCGAACACUUCAUGAAAUUGUUGGCGGCGGUAUUGUUGCAGAUGUAAUUCUUUGGAGGCGGAAGAAUCUGACUGUGGGGAUAUUGUUAAUAACGCUGGCGACUUGGCUGGUGUUUGAGCGAUGUGGUUAUACCCUUUUGUCUUUAGUUUCCAGUGUUCUACUUCUUCUUGUUACCAUUAUCUUUCUCUGGGCCAAAUCUGCUUCCAUUCUCAAUAGACCGGCGCCGCCUCUUCCUGAGUUGCAUCUCUCAGAAGAUAUGGUAAACGAAGCUGCAUCUUUCAUUCGUUCCCGUGUGAAUACUUUGCUGUCUGUAUCACAAGAUAUAGCCAUGGGAAAAGACCCCAGAUUGUUCUUCAAAGUAGCUGCUUGCUUGUGGCUGAUCUCAGUUAUCAGUGGCUUGACUGAUCUUAUCACUUUGGGUUACACCAGCCUUUUACUCGUGCUUACAAUCCCCGCAUUGUAUGAGAAGUAUGAAGAUUAUGUAGAUAGACAUGUCAUAUUGAUGUACAGAAAAUUGCAUCAGUUUUAUGUGAAAUUGGAUGAGAAGCGAGUUCUAACAUACCAACAAUGGAUUUUGGAGAAAGAAAAACUGAGCUGAUCAGGAUCCUCUCGAGUUCUUCAUGGCUUCCUCUCUCGCUUUUUCUUAUUUCAUUUUGGAUGUGUUUAUGGCUUUCUUUGGCUAAUGGCUAUCACCUCAUCAGUGACAGAAGCGUGAGAGAUGAUUGUAUUUUGUUCAUAACUUUGUUUUCAUUUUCUCUAAUUUCUUGCUAGAGAAAUGUAUUUAGAAACGGCAUAUUACGAAUUUUGAAUUUUCUUUGUUUUUUUCCUUCCCCAUUCGGGUGAUUGGGGGUUUACACCUAAGUUGAUAAUAUAUUUUAUAUAUGCAGCCUUAACAGCAGCAGCUAUAAUUGAUGCUUGCUUACCAUCA